CUUUGUUCUGAGGUUUCAGACUACUAUUGGUUGAUACUCUAAAGUGUUUUGUUUGCUCAGAGCUACGUAGGACUGCAUAUGCGUUGCCACGGGUUCUAUAAUAUGCGCUAUCUGGAGCAAAGCCUUACCCCAUGCUGUGCCAUAACGCAACAAGGACCUGACAGAUUGAAGUCCAUUGAUACCUUACAAGGCAUGUUUGCUCGACGAUCGACGUUUAUUAUGGCCCAGUUGGUUCUGAACUCCUACUGCAAUACAAUAGCUCUUAUUUUGUCAGCUGUACUAUGAUAGUAAUCGAACUGACUCUAC